AAACAUUUUUCUGUUCUGGUUUUUGUAGGGGGCUUUUUCUCCACCAUCUUUUCCAGUUUGUUUGGAACUCGAGAAAUGAGGAUUCUCAUUCUGGGACUGGAUGGAGCUGGAAAAACAACUAUUCUCUACAGGUUGCAAGUUGGAGAAGUUGUUACCACCAUUCCGACCAUUGGCUUCAAUGUAGAGACAGUGACAUACAAGAAUCUGAAAUUUCAAGUUUGGGACCUGGGAGGACAAACAAGCAUAAGGCCAUAUUGGCGGUGUUACUAUUCAAAUACAGAUGCGGUUAUCUAUGUAGUGGACAGCUGUGAUCGAGACAGAAUUGGCACUUCAAAAUCAGAGCUUGUUGCUAUGCUAGAGGAAGAGGAGUUGAAGAAAGCCAUUUUGGUGGUGUUUGCAAAUAAGCAGGACAUGGAACAGGCCAUGACUCCCACAGAAAUGGCAAACGCACUUGGCUUACCAGCUUUGAAGGACCGAAAAUGGCAGAUAUUCAAAACCUCUGCAACUAAAGGCACAGGGCUUGAUGAAGCAAUGGAAUGGUUGGUGGAGGCCUUGAAGAGCAGGCAGUGAUACAAACCUGACCCUUGCGAGGAAGUUUCAGCUACACCUAGCAUCCUUCUUUCUGCAGUCAAGUAUUUUCAGGCCAAAAAUACUUGUAAAUAGGACAUAUUUGAGUUUGACUCUGCUAAUGUGGAUGCCUCUCUUGAAUUUGUAAAACUGAAUCAAGUGAAUGUCUGUGUACAUUAUGAUUAUUCCAUUUCUUGCUUUAAAGGAUGUACUUGGGUUAAUUUGUAUGAAAGUUUACUGGCUGGGAAAAAGGUUUUUUGUUCCCUUCCUCUGGUGGUUUUCAGUUUGGCUACUAUAUUUGUGUAAUUAAAACACUAAUAAAAUCAUUAACUGUCAGCUGUACUCAUAG